AUGGGCAUCCUCCCUACCCGCGGGCCACUCUUCCUGGGCCUCAACGCCCUGCGCGCACUGAGCAUCAUUGCGCUGGUCCUAGUAUUUGCAGCAACUGUCGUGACGAUUGUCGACGACAUCAAGGCCGUCAAGGCCGCCAAGGCUCCUUCGCCUUCCCCAAGCCCCCUGGACAAGCGCCGCGUCCUCAUCGUCCCCGUCUACCAGCAGGCCACGGCGGGUUCAGUUUCAGUCACGACGACGACGACGACGACCACUACGACCACGACCACCGCCAUUACCACCCCGACUAACUCGCCCAAACUCAAGAUGGCGUCGCGCGAGGUCGUCUCUGCGUGGUAUGAUGGGGUUGUAAAGAUGCCGAGCGUGGACGCGUUAUCCGACGCCAAGAUGUUCGCUGAGGUCUCCCCUGCCUCCUCUGCCUCCCCCUCCCCCUCCCCCUCCCCCACCACCUCCACCACGCCCCCCCACCCCACUUGCGACUACUACACGUCCUCCUCCGUCCCCUCCCAAGCCGGAGGCACAUUCUGGUCCGUCCUCUCUCGGAUCUUCAUUCUUUUCGAAACCACCAUCCUCAUUCUCUCCGAGACGACGCUCCCCCGCAUCCUGUUCACCGCCUACAUCCCGAUGUUAGGCCCCGACUAUGGCCUUGGUCUCCUGGGCGUUCUCCAGGCCCUGAUCGCCUCCUCCGUCCUCUCCCACCACUGUCGUCUCUUCCCCCAAGUCUCCGCGUGGCUCCUCUUCAUCGUCGCCAUCUCCAAUAUCCUUGUAGGCAUAUUCAUGCGGGAAAAAGCCAAGAUUACACGCGGUUUGAGCUGGGAAAACGUGGCACAAGUCACGCCGCAGACAAAGGCAAUCGCAACAGCUUGGCAGGUGGGCAGUGGCGUACAUGAUGCGGUGAAAGAGUGGAAGGCGGGGAGUGGCGUACAUGAUGCGGUGAAAGAGUGGAAGGCGCGGAGUGCGACCGAGGCGUCGGGCCCAAGCUUUUAUUCACAGAACACUCCCGCACCAACCGUCGCACCGACCGUGAUGGCACAGCCUAAUCGGUUUUCGUGGGAGAGCGUCCGGUCGACACGAUGGGGAGCGUGGAAGGCGCGUGAGGGGCCGACGAUUUCUCGGCCGCUCGAGCUGGAUGGCCGGCGGCUGGUCUAG